CAGCUAUUAUAAAAGGGAAUGUAUUAUAUUAUGUUACAAUUACAUUACAAUUAUAUAUAUUGUUGAAUGUUGCUUAAAGCCGUGGACCAGGGUAGGAUGGUUUUUCUUUAGCACCGUGUAUUCUGGCUAUUGAUAGUUCCAUAUUCACGAUGGUAGCUAGCUAACCACCGGGGUUUCGUAAGAGUGUGCGGGGGACUCCAUCGCAUUGCUAGCAUUUCAUUUAUUUAUUUAUUUGUAUUUAUUUAUUUAUUUCCGGAAUGCUUCUCCUGAUUCCAAUGGAGGACUUCCACUUGCUUUUUACGUGCCGCUCAUAUGAAAGUUGAUAAGCGUAAUGGAAAAAGAAUUCAGAAGGGAGGAAACUGUUCCUGAGAAACAAUCCUCUGAGCUAUUUCCUCUCACAGGAAAUUGUGUCUUUGAUCUAAGCCACCACGCUCAUCUGGUCAUCGCAUGCGACGGUGUCACUCGGCGGAGAGGAGGAAAUUUGCUUCGGCUGCUGUGGCUCACGCGCCGGUGUGAAUGUUGAACACUCAAGUGCCAGAAAGAUGAAACACAAGAUUGUACAUUUUUAAUAUUGCCGGGUUCAAGAAGGGUACCUGAUGAAGGCCCGUACAGUUCUAGGGAAAAGUAGCGUCUGUUUUCUUUUGUCGUCUCGUUGCAUCGCUCUUCUUCGGGCAGCGGGGCAGUGCCACUAAUGAACAUUAUUGACCGAGCUCAGUGUGGAAGGAAGAGUCUCACACCUGCCAGACGACCAGGGAGUGCGUCUCUGUGCGUGCGUGUGCGUCACCGACGGGGCGAGAGGUCAUUCUCACGCGGCGCGUCUGACCUGGUCCCAGAUCAGUUCGAAUAAACACAGGAAGCUGACGACGCCACGCUCACAUGCGAGGAUGACAUUGCGAAUUUGUGCUUUAUCGUUCCUCGCUGCUGUUUAAACGUCAUUCAAAUGAAAUGAGGAUGCACGAUGAGGAGAUUGUGCCGUUGGUUUUUCCAGCGUGUGAUUUAUAUCCUGCAAACAGAAGCUGGAAGCACGCUGAUCUCGAUGUGUUGUUUGUCAGUUAGGGUCGACUGCAUCGUUACCGCAGCGCGCCGCCUGGGUCUAUUCAGCGUCAGAGGGCACAGGAGCGAUCAUUAAUAAUAUUAACAAGGCCGUCAAGACUAAUACGAUCUCUCUCAAGGUCAGGCUGGAUGCAGACGGGAGACAUAUCAGCGUGACAAAGUGGGAAAGAAUGUGUGAAAAAGCUCUUUCUAGCAAACUAGCAAAAGCUUUUACCCUAAAGUUCUUUCUAUUUGAACACGUGAUUUAAAAACAGAGAGAUGGAAGGCAAUACGAUAAUUAAACAGCACUUGAAGUGGCCAUUUGUUUUUAGAAAUCAAAUAAAACUAAAAAUCAAAUUGCCACUGACGCACCGUGGGGGGUGUCGGAGUUGACGCAGCCAAAAAAAAAAAAAAGUCAAUUUUCUGUAUGUUAUUAUUCUGAUCAUUUAUUUCCUAAACAAAAAUAAAAAAAUAAACAAAAUGCUGACACUUCCUCUCUGUGCUGGUUUAAAAAAAAACAUAUGCCACCCUGGUGCAUGCUGGUCCUGUGUCUACCCACAUCUACAUGUAACCACAGGUGCCCAGUGUUACCCAAUCAGUGAAUCCUAAAAAUAAAUCAAUUUAAAUCACAAUGAACUAAACUAAACUAUAAGAAAAAAGUUAUUCUAACAUAUCAAAAUAUAACCUAAAUAAGUAAUGAAUAAUCAAUAUUACUUUACGAUAAAACUAAAUAGUAAUGUCAAAAUAAAUAGCUCCAACAGCACUGUUUUCUGAGAGUCAGACUAUACCAGCCGGCACCUGUUAAUCAGGAGCGAUUGAAUGCAGGUUGCUAUAAAUGCUGCUGCACCCACAGAGCAAGCAGCGUCUUGGGUUGUUGUAGCGUUGAACACAGAACACAGAACAUGCCUUGUGGAGUUCAUUUGGGGUAAGUCUGAGUGCAGUUCUUCUCAGUAUUUGUUUAGUUUGUGUACAAUUUCUCACUGGAUGUUGUUUUUCCUCCAGGAUCUUGCUAGUUUGCUUAGUUCAAGCAGAGCAUGUGCGUUGUCUGUGGGCUACACAAGCUCAGAAAUCAAACCGCAACUCGUAUGUUGGCUUCACGCAGCAGGGCAGUGGAUAUGGUGGAAGCGAUCCCCAGACUGGACUCAGACGGGCCUCUGGUUCUCCCGGCUCCGCCCGGAGCAGCGGCCUCUACGCACACGCCGUUGCCAGUAGUUCUAGGCAGAGUUUUCCGACCAGCGGCAACAGACAGAUUAUUUCUCAACCGGCUAAAAGUGUCUAUAAUUCGGUGAAGUUGGUGCAGAGCAGCACGGAGUCUAAACCUAACCGGCCAACGAGUAUGUUGAGACGAGAAAAUGUGCACAAGAUGCCCCAAAAAAGCUUAAGCGCCCCUUCUGCUUCUAUUGCUAGCGGCGGGUCGCUGAGUAAGUACGCCCAAAGACCGACCAGCAAGGCGAGAACGUGGCCAGUCCAGCAGGGUACCCGCAGUACGAGCACCCAGCGGUCCAGCGGUUCUGAAUCUCUUCUGGGUCCAAGAGGAAGCUACUCCUUCACACCCUCCUCUCGUCAGACGGCCGACGCCGGGCUGACGGGUUAUUCUACUUCUACGAAGUCUUCUCGCCCGGGCGCCGUCGGGCCACGCAGAAUCCCCGUCCGGACGAAAACCUCAGCUAGCGCCGCCGCUAGACGGGUGUCUUCGCGGCGUGGCUCUGCAGCGUCGACGCCUUCCCGUUUCUCCUCUCUCCAAAAUAAGAGCACGAGAAAUAACCCCGGCCAGACUGGGGCUCGGAAACCGUACUCGAGCGGAGUGGGUCCCGCCUCCCGGACCUCUGGCCAGGGCGUUGCCCCGAGCACCACCCAUUGGAUCCCUCGGCGCUUUGGAGGCUACGCUAUCAGACGGCUGAGAGGACCUGCUGACCAGAGGGAAGUUAAUGUCGGCAAGCCGCCGCAGCAUCGGGCCUACGUGGCCCCCCGGCGCCCGUCUUCGCUGCAGAAGCCGGCCUACGUGGCCCCGUGGUGCCCGUCUCAGCAGCGGGACUACACGCUCCCCUCUGCAUCCAACAAGCAGCAGCUCCAGAGUGAUCAUCCAAAGGGCUCGUGUUAGAGCGUCAGGCUGGGACAUAACGUGUAGUUUCUAAGCUAUCAGUGAGCUGCAGCAGGUCCUGGGAUGAAUGGUUUUUUAAAUAAAAGCUGUUAUAUUUA